UUUCGUUGCAUUGCUCCCCAGUACGUAACAAUCUCGUUGUGUAUCCGAUGCACAUCAAAAGUGUCCGCACCCCGUGUUCUCCAGGUUACCGGUAUUUGUCAAAAUAAUUACACCACCGAUGACAUAAAACAUUUAAAGUUUUUUUUCAUCUAUCGGGUCGCGGGGAAAGUCAAUCCCUUAAACACGUGUCAACCCGAAAAUGCGGGAAAUUAGUGGGGAAAAGCCGCACACCGAAUACAUGGCGUGUCGCAAGCACUGCAUCAAGAACGCAAGGUGAUUGUGGCUCAUUACAGUGCCAUUCCGUUCGUGAGGACAAGUAAUCGAUUUCCUCCAAUUACAUCAGAGCAACAAUGGAUGAUCCUGAGAAGUACGAGGGUCACCUGUACAGACGUCCCGGUUUCAGUAUCCGCAGGUUCGGAGACAUGGUCCCAGCACGAGUUGUACUGUACAUGCUCUCGUUCUCCGGAUUUCUCGUCUCAUUCAUGAUGAGAAUGGACAUAAAUUUAGCUAUGGUGGAAAUGGCUGAAAUGCCGAGUUCUAAUGAGAAUAAUAACAGUAACGCUGAGGCUUAUUGUUACGAGGGCAAUGCAAAUAUCACGAGCAGUCGAAUUUCUCGAGAAGGGUCUGGAGAGUUUGAUUGGACUCCAACAGUACAAUCAGCCAUAAUUGGCAGCUUCUACUGGUGUUACAUACUGUCCCAAGUUGUUGGUGGUGUAUUAACCCAGUACUUUGGUACAAAGACUGUUUUUGGAGGAUCACAACUACUCACUGCUAUUUGCAGUCUUCUCAUUCCAACUGCUGCUGAUAUCCAUUACUCCGCGAUGAUUGCCUUGAGGAGUAUCCAAGGAAUAGCGAGUGGCUUGACUUGGCCAGCAAUGUAUGCCAUAGUUGGUCAUUGGAUUCCCCCCGUGGAACGUUCGCGUUUCAUGUCUUCCUUCCAAGGGUUCAGUUUUGGAAUCGGCCUUACCUAUCCACUCUGCGGAUUUAUUAUCGCCCAUUAUGGAUGGAGAGUCGUCUUCUAUACAACUGGCACCAUUGGGGUCUCCUGGUGCUUCUUUUGGUACUUCUUUGCUUUUGAUACACCAGCUACACAUCCCAGGAUUACGCAGCAUGAGCUGAGGUAUAUUCAAGGGAGUGUUGGCAAUCAAGUUAGUGAGGGUGUGAAAACUCCGUGGAUGUCGAUGCUGUUUUCGAUGCCUGCCUGGUCCAUUGGAAUUACAACUUUUGGGAGAAUUUGGGUGCAUUACGUGUUCAUUAUUCCUGGACCAAUGUACAUGAAAACUGUCCUGGGUUUUGAUAUUCAAACCAAUGGUGUACUCUCUGGUGUCCCUUUUAUAUGCAGUUAUCUGAGUUCAGUGGUUUUUUGCUACGUGGCAGAUGUACUCGUAACACGACAGAUCAUGACGCUGACCAAUGUUCGAAAAUUAUUCACAGCAAUUUCUCAAGUAGUUCCGGGAAUUCUCGUCCUGCUGAUUGGCUAUCUCGGUUGUAACUUCAUCCUGGCUCUCGUUAUCUGGUUCGUAGCUGUUACUUUGAUAACAGCAGCUUACGCUGGGGCAAUGGCGAGUAUCGUGGACAUUGCACCCAACUUUGCGGGGCCAGUCCUGGCAUUUGCUCAGACAAUUCACAUGACAGCUUCAUUUUUAUCACCAAUUGCUGCUGGUGUUAUAACCCAAGACGGCCAAACUCUAACAGCGUGGAGACAAGUCUUCGGUUUGACGAGCUGCAUUGCCUGUGGUACAUACGUCAUUUACCAAAUAUUUGGCACAGCUGAUAUUCAGCCAUGGAACUAUCCGGACCAGAAAAUUCCACAGCCAUUGAGCGACGAUGGCGAACCUCUCAAUGAUACUUCUCAAAAAAAUGGGAAAAUCAUUUCCAGGCGAUCCAGUCUCUCUGGACAGCCGUAGUUCAUUUACAUUCUACGUUAGAGUAAUUAUUAUAAGUACUAUGGACAUUCUCAAUAACUUGCACAAAAGCCUGUGAGUGAAAAUGUGGCAGUAAUUCACUGACUUACUGAGAGAAAAAAAAAAGACAAAUUUUAACAGAGAACAUUCUCUUGUAUCAUGUAAAUUUCCUCUGUAAAAAAUAAUUUCAUCUCUCAGUCUACAUUUUUCUUCUUGAAUUGAAGACUAAGAGUUUUCUAAACUAGUCUUUUAUUUAAGAAAAAAACAGUGGGUGGGUUGGGAGAAAGAAAAAAAUAUGUCGAAAGACUCGAAUCAAACUAUUUUUGUGGAAUUUGAAUCUCAGGUUUGUGUGUGCUCGAAUGCUUACAUUCGGAGAAGUAGAUUUUUUUUAAUGACAUGAGCACAAAAAUUACUAAAAAAGUCAGGUACUUAUUUGGAUUGUCCUGCCUGCCAUUCUCUGUUAUUUCUGUGAUCAGAAUUUGUAUGGAAACGUUAAUUACUUAGUAGAGAAAUUGAGGAGGAGUAGUUACUCGUAAUAAAGUAAAACACGAAACAAUAUUGAUAACUACUUACUAGUUGAUAGAUUGAGUUCGUACAGCAGCAGGUAUGAGUACUUUUUCAUUAAACUUUUUAUCUCAAUUUCCAAGUAAAUUUAAGUUUUCUCACGGUUGCAAUUUUUGUAAGGGAAAUCUCUUUUUUUUUGUAUUUGUCACAAUGUGAUAGUAUUGUUUACUUCUAUUAUGGACAGAUGAGAAAACGAACAUGACAACAUUUUAAAAUAUAUAGCACAUUCGAAAUACUAAUCUUAUCAGUGCCUUGCAUUAGAAUCUACAAACAAAACUUCACUUCAUCUUCCAUCGAAUAAAUAAAACGUGUUAUUCACCGUCAUUUUUUUUUUCAAUGAUCAAAUGAAACGAAAGGAUGGGUAUACGAAUGGAAAAAUUGCUCGAAAUAUUUCUGGGUUGAAGUAGUGGAAAGUCAAAUAAAUUGUAAUUGAAUUAAAAUUA